AUGGCAACUACAGCUGCACUCCCCUUAACGACGACUUUCUCACCCCCGGCCGACUGCACCACCGAUUCCUACCAUGUCCUAAGGUCAGCGAGCUCGAAUUAUUCUUGGUGGUGGACUAGUCUAGGCACGUCGGACUGGUCUACCUGCUUCCCGUCCGGCUAUCAGCCUACUGGUUAUUUCUCCCCGGGCGUGUGUCCGGAGGGUUAUGCCCCUGUCGACCAGACGUGUAUAUCAUCCGAUGAGGAGACCCAGGCAACAUGUUGUCCAAGCGGCUAUGACUGGCCUUGGUAUAGUUCAAACCCAUGCACCUCAACAGUCACCGACACCGCAAACAUUCACCUUUUUUUUACGUGGCAAAAUAAAGUAUCCAUAGAAACAGGAAUCUACGGCAUCAACGCGAAGGGAAUCUCAAUACGCUGGAAGCCAGACGACUUCCCAUCGCAAACGGCGACACCUACAGCAGGAAACGCAAAGUCUACGCAAAGCGGAGGAAGUCAUCCCAAUACAAAAAGCAGCGGGCUAUCGAUUGGCACAAAAGCUGGAAUUGGAGUCGCGUCCGCUUUAGGGACCACUACUCUUCUGGUUAUUUUUUCCCUCGUAUAUCGUAGAAGGCGAAAGACGGGCUUGAAUGUGAUCGUUCGAUCAGAUAAACCAAGGGAAUCAGACUCGAGGCCAAUCCACGAGGCAUCCCGGGGCUCCGUAUAUGAGAUAUACUCGGGUAUUGGAGCAUAUGAUGGCAUUCACGAGAUGGAGUCGUCUGGUUCAGCCACCAACCCGGUUGAAAUGCCGACAUGCACUUGA